UGCCAAAAUGCCUUCGCUCGCAGACCCGUCACAACCAGGAGAGAGAGAGAGAGAGAGACAGGAGGCACAGACACACACAAGUCCGUGAUUAAUUGAAGCUGACCCUGAUUGUUGAAGAGCUUCAGAAGUACGCUGGGCCUUUCACGCGAUAAGGAAGCUCCAGUUUUUCAACACACAAGUUUGAAAUUGUGGCUGACUGACUACAGGAGUACGCGCGCGGUAGUGACAUGGAUGUCCAUCAGACGGCGACACGGGUUCGGCAGAGCUUGACCGGGCUCGGAGUCCACCUGCAGCUGGACUGGGUUAAGCACUGCCUCGAAGCCGGGGGAGGCAUGGACCCUGGUGUAAGCGGAAACGGCCAGCGACAGCAGUCAGAAGCACAAGAGGGGGUAUAUAGGACGUUUCUGGCCUGCGACCUCCGGGAGGCGGGAGAGGCGUGUCUGCCCGCCGGGGUCGGGAGCAUGGUGAAGGAGCGGGUGAAGGGCAAGAUGGUGGUUCAGGUAGAAAAUGCCAGGGACAUCGCGAAAAACUUGGAGCAAAGGGAGAAGGUGGACGGCUCGUCCGCCCACCACACUCUGAAGCUGGCCUUGGGGGACGGCAGGCAAACGGUUGCGGCUUUCGAGUACAAGCGUGUUCAGGGGUUGGUGGCAGACCCUCCACUAGGCCUCAAGCUCCUCCUGGUGGAGCCAUGGGUUAGACGAGGCAUCCUGCUUCUCUCCUCGGAAAACACCACCGUACUAGGCGGCGAGGUGUCUAGCCUCGUGGAGGCGAGAGAGGCCGCUCGUGCUGGCGGCGCGCAGAGCACGGCAAACGCUGCCACUAAUACCACGAACAACGACGACACUGUGGAGCCCCGCACAAGCCGAAACCAGCCCGGGGAGCCAGCCGGUCGAACCGCUACCGACUCCGGUGCCGCCGGCAACAGCGGCCCACGGGCACGCGCGCCACAGAACGCAACGAGAGCUCAGGCAGAGAGUGGCGGCAGGCCGCGACCACCCCAGCCAGGAGGCAGUCACCGGCGCGACGAGAACGCUGACCCUAGUGGCGUGGUGGACUUAUCGUCGUCGUCGUCGUCGUCAGGAAGCAACUUGGACACACUGUUAUCAUCCCAGGGCCGACGAGACGCCGACGCAGAAGGGCAGCAGCGGUCGAGGUCCGCCUCGGGGAAGGGGGGGGUCGUUGGUAGCAGCAGGCCGAGCAGGUCUGAGUUCGGUGUAUUCAAUCCAUACGCCGCCGCGACAGGGCCUGGUUCGACUCCUGGAAGGUCGGCGGCUGCUCCCACUAGAGCACGAGUCCGCAACCCCUAUUCCGCCUCGACGCUUUCUGCUACUAGCUCAGCAGCAGAGACGGCCGGGACGGCGCGAAGCAAGGGUCAGCAGGGCGCAGCCCGGAGUACAAGUCCUGAUUCAAGUGGCGGGCAGGGGAGACCACGAGGCGGAGCGACGCGGGUUUCCGCGUUCCAAGACUUAGAGGACGAUGACGGACCGAGGUUCGAGUAUCUGGAAGAACCAGACUUCGACGACGAGGAACACGACAACGAACCCCCAGAAGAGGCUGCUACUGCUGCUGCUGCUGCUGCUGCCGUCCGAACCGGAAGAAACCCGGGAAUGCUAAGCGAUCCUUCCCGGGUUUCGGCUUCGACCGAAAGUUCUUCUCCGACAGCGGCGGCGGUAGCCCCACGACCGAAGAUCGUCUCGGCGAGGGUGCAGAAGGAGAAACUUAGACAAGAGCAGGAGGAGAAAUCGCGAAAACGGAGCAGAGGGCAGGGCGAGGGCGGCGAUAGUGGUGGCGGCGACGGGGAAGUCGCCGACAUCGAGGGAGAGUUCGGCGGUGGAGGGAGGAGCCGAACUGGGCUGGAGGUUUCUGCGCGGAGAAAGCGCGGCCGGAGCAGCAGCGAAAUCGGCAGCCGAGGAGGCGACCGUGAACGGAGAAACGAUACGAGGCCGUCUCCGCCUAGCGGCCCGUACACGUCCUUGGAGGAUCUGGAUCGGUUAGCCGCCGCGGGAGGGGGUAUGUAUCGCGUCAAGGCCGUCGUGUCUGACACAAAGAACUGCAAGAUCCGCAAGAAAAAGUAUCUGCUUGUGGUCGAGAUCGAGGACGGCACGGCUGUUGUUAGCGUUCGCCUCUCGGAGCAAAUCACCAGGCGCCUAUUCGGAGUGGAAGCACGGGAGUUCAAGAAGAUCUUCCAGGCAGAUCCCGAGAAGGCGAUAAGCAUCCAGACGCGUGUGGAGAAGGAAAUCCGGGAGAUGGAAGGUGUUAUGGCAAUCCAGAUUUCCGCCGGGGCAACGUCCUCGCAAUCCCCGGCAACACCCGGCGCCGCCAUAAGCCAGAACUCUGCGACGGGUGACUCGGAGUGGGGUCUGCCCAUGGUGGUGUCGGUGAAACCUCCGACUGACGGUGAUUGCCACGAGCUUCUCUCGCGCGUGACAUCAUUGUUGUAGCCUUUUGUCGGGCCGGCCUGACUUCGCGACCUUAACCGGUUGUUGCUGCUGCCGCACGCCAUGUGCAUAUGGUAUUGCUACGGUCGGGUUUGAGGUCCACGCCAGUGACUGGGGCUUGGGUUUGCGGUCUACUUGAGGUGUUCGGAGGUGCUUCGAACGACUGGAUCUCCUGUUGAUGUUGAUCUCCUCAAGCUUUCCUCCAAACGUGGGUUGUCGCCGGGAUGUGGGGUCGUGGGUUCAGACCAGACAGUACCGUAUGGAAUGCUUUCGAAGCGAGCUUGGAGGCGACACUUGAAGGUCGGGCCACGGAUACGUUUGUUCCCAUACGUUCGUUCCCGUCAACCUUCAAGGCUUUGCCCAUCAACCUCCAAGCCUUUGGAGAUGGGGGGAUCGUGCUGUGUGAAGUCAUGACUCACUUGUUCAAAACACAAAUGUACAAGUUUUUUACCCAGAAAGGUCUGCGAUUCUGUGGAUGAGGCCAGCAGGCGACAAUUUCUUUCUAGUUGGAGAGAAAUGACAUCGGGCAGGGUUAGGGUUUAGUGGUGAUGUCCCGUGCUAUGCAACUUCUUUGAUGGAUAUUGUUGUCUCGGCGGGGCGGGGAACAAGCUUUCCUUGCCAGAAG